AUGGCGGCGGAAUCAACCAGAAACCCAUCUCCGCCGUCGACUUCGCCGUCGUCUCAAAGCCCAAUAACGAAUUUAGCCGAUGACCAUCUCUUCAACAUCUUGCUUCUUCUUCCCGUAGAUUUAGUCCUCUCUUUUUCCAUGACCUGCAAGAGAUACAUGGCCUUGGGUUGUUCCGACAGUCUCUGGGAGGCUCUGUGCGAACGAGAAUGGGGCCCACAAACUGUGGAUGUCUUAAAGUCGUCGUCUUCUUCUUCCUCUUCACGAGAUGGGUUUUCAUGGAUGAUGAUGUUUCAGCGACUUUAUAAGAUGGAUUCCGUUUGUUGUCACAAAAUCUCAGACCCGGAUGAUGGUGAUGAGGAAUCUUCUUCCUUUCCGAUCCCUAGAGCUUCUCAUUCUCUCAACUUCGUUAACGAUCAUCUUGUUUUGUUUGGUGGUGGCUGUCAAGGAGGACGCCAUCUUGAUGAUACAUGGACAGCUUAUGUUAAUAAGAGCGAUCCAAACAUAAUGAAAUGGAGAAAAGUUGAAUCGGGAACUCCAAGUGGGAGAUUUGGUCAUACCUGCAUCGUUAUAGGCGAGCAUCUACUCAUAUUUGGAGGAAUAAACGACCGUGGAGAGCGGUUAAACGAUACAUGGAUCGGUCAAGUCUCUUACCACGAGAGACUCUCUUGGAAACUCCUCAAUGUUGGACCUUUGCAGCGUCCUCGUCCUCCUCCUCGUGGUGCUCACUCUGCUUGUUGUAUUGCAGAGAAGAAGAUGGUUGUACAUGGAGGAAUCGGGUUGAAUGGAGUCAGGCUUGGAGAUACAUGGAUUCUAGAACUUUCAGAGGAUUUCACCUCAGGGACAUGGCACAUGGUGGAGUCUUUUCUAUCACCGCCACCACGCUCGGGACAUACUUUGACCUGCAUUAGAGAAAACCAAGUGGUUCUAUUUGGAGGCAGAGGAUUAGGAUAUGGUGUGCUUGAUGAUGUUUGGAUCUUGGAUAUUCAAGAACAGUGUGAAGAGAGAUGGGUACAGCUCUUCUACGAUUUCCGGGAUGUUCCUGAAUUUGCAUCGUUGCCUCGGGUUGGUCACUCGGCUACUCUUGUAUUGGGGGGUCGGAUCUUGAUUUAUGGAGGUGAAGACUCUUAUAGGCACAGGAAAGAUGAUUUCUGGGCUUUGGAUGUUAAAACUAUUCCUGCUUCAGGUUUGCAGCCACAAGGGGUUAGUUUAAACGGAUCAUCGGUGUGGAAAAAGCUUGAUCGAAUCUCAUAUGGACCAAAAAGCAGGUCUUUUCACCGAGCCUGUGCUGAUAGUUCAGGGAGAUUUGUAUAUGUGUUUGGCGGGAUGGUUGAUGAUCUUCUUCAGCCUGCAGCAUCGUCUGGUCUAAGGUUUGAUGGAGAGCUUUUCAUGGUGGAGCUUGUUCUUGGCUUCUCUGAUCUAGAUAAUCAACAAAGACCUGGAAAAGGCAUAUGAUAGUGGUGGUUUCUUUCUUUUGUAAAAUAGCAGGUUUUCUAUAAAACCAUAUCGAUUAACCAGAAAUGGAAUCCAACCUGACCAAUUCUCUGAUUGUAAGUUAAAAACACAAAAGAUGUGUUGGAACUGAAAUUUUCUAGAUAGAUUCUGAUUCAGUUUACAAUAUACAAAUUGUCAUUACAUGGGAUGUAUACAUAUAAUGUAAGGACUUGUUUGAAA